AGCCCCGAGGAGGCAGAGGCAGGCCGCCCGCCGGCCCUCGCGCCGCGCCAUGUCCCGCUCCAACCGGCAGCGCGAGUACAAGUGCGGCGACCUGGUCUUCGCCAAGAUGAAGGGCUACCCGCACUGGCCCGCCCGGAUCGACGAGAUGCCAGAGUCCGCUGUGAAAUCGGCUUCCAACAAGUACCAGGUCUUUUUCUUCGGGACCCAUGAAACGGCGUUUCUGGGACCGAAAGACCUCUUCCCGUAUGAAGAGUGCAAGGGGAAAUUUGGAAAGGCCAACAAGCGGAAAGGCUUCAGCGAAGGCCUCUGGGAGAUAGAGAACAACCCCACCGUCAAGGCGUCCGGGUACCAGCCAACCCAGAAGAAGGGCCCCACGGAGGACGCGGGGGCCGAGCGGGAGCCGGAAGCAGGGCAGAAGAAGGAGACCCCCGAAGGGAGCAGCGACGAGGAGGGGAACCUGGUGAUUGACGAGCAGUCGAAGGAGAAGAACGAGAAGGCCGGGAGCAAGAGGAAAGCAGAGGGGCCCCUCCUGGAGGACUCCUCCCCCAAGCGCGCCAAGGAGAGCGAGGACCAGGAGGGCGCUGGGGGGGAGAAGCCCAAGGGCUGUGAGGGAGACGCCCCCAAGGAGACCGAGAAGCCCAAGAAGCCGCAGCCCAGCAGCCUCCUCCCCGAUGGCGGGGAGAAGGAGGAGAACAGCAGCCGAGCCGCUGACGCGCCGGCCGGAGGCGAGGGGAAGGAGGAAGCCUCCGAGGAAGAGGACGAGGAGGAGGAAGAGGACGAGGAGGAGGAAGAGGACGAGGCCAGCAGAGACCACAAGGAGAGCCUGUAGCCGGCCGACCCAACCUGCUCUUCUCCUCCUUCUCCGGACCCGAUCCCGGCCUGCUGGCGGUUUCCCUGGGUGCUCAGAACCAGACUCCGACCUGCUGCCUGUGCCCCUCGUGGGGAGGGGGUCAGGAGCCCCAUUUCUGCGGAAGGAAGCGGAAGGAAAUGGCUCUGCCCAGCCGCCUCCCUCUGUCUCCCCCCCCCAUCUCCCUCUCUCCCUCUCUCCCCUCUCCUGGCCCCGCCAUUUUGCGGGUCCCGCGCUUUGAGUUAGUCCUUUCUAGGGGGUUGGGAAACGCUGGUCAGCCACUUUGAAAUAAAAGCAGUUGAAUGCCUUUUUAAAAAAACAA